AUGUCGUCCUCCGCGAGCGGCUUCCUCGGCCGCUCGACUAGCAACAACUCCAACAUGCGAGGGUUGGUGCAAUUCAUUGCCGAUCUGAGAAACGCAAGAGCUAGGGAGCUGGAAGAGAAGAGAAUCAACAAGGAGCUGGCCAACAUUCGACAAAAGUUCAAGGAUGGCAACCUGAGCGGUUAUCACAAGAAGAAAUACGUGUGCAAGCUCCUCUACAUCUACAUCCUCGGAUGGAACGUCGACUUUGGCCACCUCGAGGCCGUCAACCUCAUCUCGGCGAACAAGUACUCGGAGAAGCAGAUUGGAUACCUCGCCAUGACCCUGUUCCUCCACGAGAAGCAUGAGCUGCUGCACCUGGUCGUCAACAGUAUAAGGAAGGACUUGCUGGACCACAAUGAGCUGUUCAACUGUCUAGCUCUCCACGCAAUUGCCAACGUCGGUGGCAGAGAAAUGGGAGAGGCCCUGAGCGGAGAGGUUCACAGGCUUCUGAUUUCGCCAACAUCCAAGGCGUUCGUGAAGAAGAAGGCCUCACUUACCCUCCUCCGUCUAUACCGCAAGAACCCCGACAUUGUCCAGCCGCAAUGGGCCGAGCGCAUAAUAUCGCUUCUGGAUGACGUAGAUGUCGGGGUGGCUCUGUCUGUCACGUCUCUCGUCAUGGCCCUUGCCCAGGACAAUGCGAAUGCAUACAAGGGGGCGUAUGCGAAGGCCACAGCAAGAAUUAAGAGGAUAGUCAUUGACGGGGAGUACACUCCGGACUACCUUUACUACAAGGUCCCUUGCCCCUGGCUCCAGGUCAAGCUUCUGCGUCUACUGCAGUACUUCCCUCCUUCAGAUGACACUCACGUCCGCGAGAUGAUCCGAGAGUCGUUGCAGAAGAUUCUGAACCUCGCAAUGGAACAAACGAAGAACGUCCAGCAGAACAACGCACAGAACGCUGUGCUCUUCGAAGCUAUCAACCUCAUCAUUCACUUGGAUAACGAGCAAGCCCUGUUGAAGCAGAUCUCAUCUCGUCUGGGCCGAUUCUUGACCUCAAGGGAAACCAACGUUCGUUACUUGGGUUUGGAGGCGAUGACACAUCUGGCAGCCCGCAUCGAGACCCUGGAACCGAUCAAGCAGCACCAGGACGUCAUUCUUGGCUCACUUAAGGACAGAGAUAUCAGCGUGCGGAGGAAAGGUCUCGACCUUCUCUACAGCAUGUGCGACUCGUCCAAUGCCCAAGUUAUUGUCGGCGAACUUCUCCACUACCUCCAGAACGCCGAUUUCGCCAUAAGAGAGGAGAUGGUGCUGAAGAUUGCUAUCUUGACUGAACGAUAUGCCACUGACGUUCAGUGGUACGUGGACAUCUCGCUGCGUUUGAUUGCCAUGGCUGGUGAUCACGUCAGCGAUGAGGUGUGGCAGCGAGUCAUCCAGAUUGUGACGAACAACGAGGAGCUGCAGGUUUAUGCGGCUCAGCACUCCUUGCAGUACGUCAAGUCGGAUCACUGCCACGAGACUCUGGUCAAGAUCGGAGCCUACAUCUUGGGCGAAUUCGGCCAUCUCAUCGCCGACCAGCCUAAGUGCAGUCCCAUUGAGCAGUUCAUGGCUCUUCAGAGCAAGGUUGCCGCCUGCUCAUCAAGUACAAGAGCCAUGAUCCUCUCAUGUUACGUGAAAUUUGUCAACCUCUUCCCCGAAAUCAAGCCCCAGCUUCUCAAGGCAUUCCAGGUAUUCAGCCACACGCUUGACUCUGAGCUUCAGCAAAGAGCAUGCGAGUACCUGACGCUCGCCACACUGCCGACAGACGACCUUCUCCGCACUGUAUGCGACGAAAUGCCACCUUUCUCCGAACGACAAUCCGCACUACUUGCCAGAGUGCAUCAGAAGCAUGCCAACACUAGCGAUAAGAGAACUUGGAUUGUCGGUGGCAAGGAUGCGAACGCAGAUGUGGCAGAGAUGAAGAUGGCCAAGGAGGGUGGCCUCAAGAGGACCUUCAGCACAAAUACAAACGGCCAUCACGCGGCUAACGGAGGCACGAACGGAACAAAUGGUCACGGCAACGGUGUGAACGAUUUGGCCGGCCUGGACAUGAACAAUCUCGGACCUGCCGAACCCAAGACGAAGGCACCAAACCUGGCCAGUGCCGCCCACUUGUCUCCUAACUGGGAUGUGGGGUACAACAAGCUCCUGCUCAAGGGCGAGGGCGUGUUGUAUGAGGAUGGGCAACUCCAAGUCGGCGUACGUUCCGAGUACAGAGGCCAGAUGGCGUGCUUGAUCUUGUACUUCAAGAACAAGACCCCUACGGCCCUGGGCUCAUUCACCACAACACUAGAUCUUGACGAAAACGAAAAGGGUAAGCUUACAUGGGACGUGAAGAACCUGCCAGAGAGCACAAUCUAUCAGAAUGGGCAGUCUCAGCAGGUCAUCAUGUUCGAGUCGAAGAAGGUGUUUGACAAGAGCCCGACAAUACGUAUCAGCUACCUUGCUGGUGCCCUGCAGGCUGUCACCCUCAAGCUUCCCCUCACCGCACACAAGUUCAUGGACCCCGCGGAUCUCUCCGCCGAAGACUUCUUCAGGCGCUGGAAGCAGAUCGGCGGUGCCCCUCGUGAGGCACAAGCGAUCUUUGGUCUGGCACCUGGAAAGUCGGAUAGAGAGUUGAACGAGUUCUUCGUACGGCAGACGGUCGAGGGCUUCAGGUGGCGUGUUCUUGACGGUGUCGACCCUAACGCGAAGAACUUCGUGGGUGCCAGUGUCUUGCACACCUCAGAGGCUGGCAAGUUUGGUUGCUUGAUGCGUCUUGAGCCGAACUACGGAACCAAGAUGAUUCGUCUCACGAUCCGCGCCACAGACGAGAGCGUCCCUGCUGUCCUUCUCAAGGUUAUGCAGGACCGUCUUGCUGCUGGCUUCACGCAAGAAAAAUUCCAAGCCCCGACACCAUCCGAGAUAUCGGACGCAUUUAGCAACAUUCUGGUUACAUAG